AUGCGCUGCCGCGGACCCGUGCGCUACCGAGCCGGUCAGAAAUCGCCAAACUUUGUUUUCCGGCUCAGCAUCACUUUCACGUGGCGACUUCACGGCACAAAGAGCCCGUUCAUGGCCCCCGCGUUCCUCCUCUGGCCCACCGUUCUCCACCCUCUGUGUGUCAAGUACCCUCCUUCCACCAAGUACAGGAGGAGCUUUCUAACCGAACUCAUCAAAAAGCACGAGGCCACAGCAGCCGAACCCCUGGAUGAACUGUACGACGCACUGGCAGAUAUUCUAAGUGAAGAAGAAUCUACUCACUGUUACAAAAACUACUUACUGCCCACGGGAGAAUGUGUUACCCUGUCCGAGAGCGUGGCCAUUAUCUCUGGAGGAACCACGGGGCUCGUCACGUGGGACGCUGCUCUUCACCUCGCGGAAUGGGCAAUAGGGAACGCUGCGGCUUUCAGUAACAGGACAGUCUUGGAGCUGGGAAGUGGGAUUGGCUUCACUGGAAUUGCAAUCUGCAAAACCUGCAAUCCCCAGACGUACGUAUUUAGUGACUGCCACCCCGGCGUCCUCCAACAGCUGGCAGAAAACAUCCGUUUGAAUGGCUUUGCCUUGGAGCCUGAAGGUCCUCGUCCUAUCCAAGUGGAGUCCCCAAGCCAGAAGGCAGAAGCAGCAAAUUGCCAAAAACCAAAAGUAAUGGUUGCAGAACUCGACUGGGGCUCGGUUACAGAAAACCAACUGUGGGAUCUUCACCCUGACGUCGUCGUUGCAGCAGAUGUGGUAUAUGAUCCAGAGGUAACCGUAGCCCUUAUUGGUAUGCUACAAAAAUUCUCCACUCCCAGAGCAGACAGAAAACCUCCCGAGGUCUACAUUGCUUUCGCCAUUCGGAAUCCAGACACGUAUCGCCUGUUCCAGGCUGAACUCGAUAGAGUUGGGAUCAGAUGGCAGAUUAUUCCAGCCCCCAGCAACAGUAUUUUUCUCUAUGACGUGCAGCCAAACAUCACUAUUGUACAGCUGUUUAUAUAG